AUGCCGUGGUAGUUAAUCGCUACAUUAAAAUUGCUCAAAUUUUCUGAAUAUAUCAGAAAUCGGUAAACGUUUAAUAAAACGGGUGUUGUAAACAAAAUUCGGUGUUUAGUUGAAUUAAUUUGAUUAUUAAAUUAGAAUGGUGCAGUGAAAUGUUUUUUUUUUAUUAUUUUUGAAGAGUAGAUGAUGAAACGUUGGCUUUUAGUCACUUCGUCAUAAGUAAAAGUAAUACACAUAUGCAUACCCAAUAUCCUAAUAUACAUAAAGACACUUCUCGUAUACAGAAGAAAAUAUCUAAAAAUAAGUGAUGUUCUAGUGUGCAUUUGGAAAAUAACAGUGGAAACUAAAGUUGCAUUGCAGGCGUUUCAAUAAAUAAAUAAACAUCAUAGAGAUAUGCACACCAACUGCCUGCUCACAACAUCGUAUAUAAACCAGCUAUACUGAACCACAUACCUAUUUUUUGUGUGAUAAAAAAAACCUGUUAUACAUUGAGCGAAGAUUAUCGUUGUGUGUUUUUUUGUUGCAAUAUAAAAAAGCAGAAUUUUGAUCGAAAUUUAAAUUUAUACAAUCAAAUAAAAAAAAAAUCGGUAAGCAUGUAUGGUCGCGGGAACAACAAUGUUGGCAGUAGUGGGGAACGUACCGGCUUUUCAGCUGAACCACCAGUUGAUUCGGUACCGCGUGCGCGUUCAGACAUUGUGGAUUAUCAUUUACGAAAUAACAAUAGUACUGGUGUCGGUAGUGAUUACAUUAAUAAUAGUGACAAUCAAGGAUUAUCACAACAAUCAUUUUACCAUCCGGAUCAACAAUAUCAACAGACUGGUGAAUAUUACGACGAGGACGAAGAGAUGGAAGCGGAAAAAGAUUUAGCUGAAGAUGCGCAAUGGAAACGGAUACAGCAAAAUACAUUCACAAGAUGGGCAAACGAACAUCUAAAAAUUAUUGAUAAGAAUAUAAUGUCGUUGGAGACGGAUUUGUCUGAUGGUUUGCGGUUGAUUGCGCUGAUUGAAAUUUUAUCGCAAAAACGCAUGCCGAAGUAUAAUAAACGGCCAACAUUUCGUUCACAAAAACUGGAAAAUGUGUCGGUUGCAUUGAAGUUUUUGGAAGUGGAAGGAAUUAAAAUUGUUAAUAUUGACUCAUCAGACAUUGUCGACUCUAAGCUUAAGCUAAUACUCGGCUUGAUAUGGACGCUCAUUCUUCACUAUUCAAUAUCAUUGCCAAUGUCAGAAGGAGACGAUGCUCAAGUGAACGGUUCAACGCCAACUCCAAAACAAAGAUUAAUGCACUGGAUUCAGAGCAAAAUCCCUGAUUUACCAAUCGGUAAUUUCACUAAUGAUUGGACCAGUGGUAAAGCUGUUGGUGCUCUGGUAGAUGCUUGCGCUCCUGGCCUAUGUCCAGACUGGACAGAUUGGGACCCCAAAGAUGCCGUUCAAAAUGCAUCGGAAGCAAUGGGCUUGGCUGAUGAUUGGUUGAAUGUGCGCCAACUGAUUCGACCUGAGGAAAUGGUGAAUCCAAACAUUGACGAACAAUCGAUGAUGACUUACUUGUCCCAGUAUCCGAACGCUAAGUUGAAGACUGGUGCACCGCUACGACCGAAAACCAAUCCAAACAGCAUUCCGCCUCCGCGAGUUCGAGCUUAUGGACCCGGUAUCGAACCAGUUGGGCCAGUGGUUGGAGCUCCAGCCAAUUUUACUGUCGAAACUUUUUCAGCUGGAAAAGGAACUGUGGACGUGUCGAUUCUGAACCCGAACGGUUCUUCUGAAAUUGCUGAUGUUCGCUUCAACAAUGAUAAAAAUUUGACGUAUUCUGUCUCGUACAUACCAAAGUACGAAGGGCCGCACAAAGUAUUUGUAAAGUUUUCUGGACGUGAUAUUCCGAAAAGUCCAUAUGAAGUCAAAGUUGAGGGACACGCUGGAGAUGCAUCGAAGGUGACCGUUAGUGGUCCAGGUUUACAACCAGAUGGCAUAUCUGUUGGACGAUCGACUUUCUUUGAUAUCAAUACGUCUGAAGCUGGUCGCGGAACACCAGAGGUGAUUAUUUUAGAUCCAGCUGGUCAUAAGACAACCGUUCCAGCUAAGUUACGUCAAAUCGAGAACGAUGUAUGGCGCUGUGAAUAUAUGUCUCACUUGCAAGGACUACAUUCUGUAAAUGUCUUUUAUGCGGGUAAACCCAUCAACAACAGUCCGUUUGGAGUGAGAGUUGCUCCGGUUUCAGAUGCUCGUAAAGUUCGAGUUGGUGGUCGUGGAGUUCAGCCAACAGGCAUACGUAUUGGCGAUGAUGCUGACUUUAAAAUUUAUACCGAAGGAGCUGGUGAAGGAAUUCCCGAAGUACGAAUUAUCGGUCCUGGUGGCGUCAAUCAAAAUGUAUCAAUGAAGAAAGUCAAUGGUACCACAUACGAAUGCCACUACUUCCCAACCAAAGAAGGUCGUUAUGUUAUAAUGGUCACUUAUAGCGGAGUGGAAAUUUUGAAAUCGCCAUACGAAGUCAACGUCAAACCGAAAAAAGAAUCUUCAAUCGUUGCACAUGGGCCUGGACUCACAGGUGGUGUAGUAGGCUAUCCUGCUGCAUUUGUUGUUGAAACAAAUGGUGAAACUGGUGCUUUAGGAUUCAACAUUGCAGGACCGUCACAAGCUAAAAUUGAAUGUCAUGAUAAUGGUGACGGUUCAGCAUUGGUGAAAUAUCAUCCAACAGCUGCUGGUGAAUAUGCAGUUCAUAUUUUAUGCGACAAUGAAGACAUACCCAAAAGUCCACAUAUUUCUCAAAUUCUGCCACGAACCGAUUUUCAUCCAGAACUUGUUAAAACAUUCGGUCCUGGCCUCCUUGCAAACGGUGUCACUGUUGGUACACCUGCGGAAUUUACUGUUGAUACAAAAAAUGCAGGCGUUGCACCGUUGGAUGUUAAGGUUCAAGAUGUGUUCGGCAAAAGUGUUCCAAUUAUCUUCCGUGACAAACCCGACGGCACGAAGUUAUAUUCUUACACACCGAAGUCAACCGAACCUCAUACAAUCGAAGUGAAUUAUGGUGGUGUGGCAACUCCAAAUUCGCCGCACAGAGUUUAUGUAACUGCUCCUCCAGAUCCAUCGAAAGUAAAGGUAUUUGGUCCGUGGUUCGAACCAGGCGCUAAGCCAAAUGUUCCGACGCACUUUACUAUUGAUGCAAGAGAUGCUGGUGACGGUGAUUUAAGUGUGCACUUAGUACAUGAAGAUUCAAAUAAAGAAAUUCCUGUCAGAGUAUUGGACAAUGAGGACAACACGUACACCGUGGAAGUCAUUCCUCCAGCAAUAGGAUCGUAUUCGACAAAUUUGGAGUACGGUGGUCUUAAAGUCCCUGUAUCGCCAAAAGUUUUGGUUACGCCAGCCAUCGAUGUUUCCAAAAUAAAAGUUGACGGAUUGGAGCCCACCGCCCCUGUAAAUAGUCUCCAGCAAUUUAGAGUUAUAACGGAAGGUGUUCGCAAAGCUGAUUUAGCCGUUACAAUAACCAGUCCAUCAGGCACUAGAAUACGUGCACAUGUAAUACCAACAGCUGAAGGUUUUCUUGUCAAUUUUACGCCGACACAAUUGGGCGAAUAUUUAUUAAGCGUUUGCUUCGGCGGAACACCAAUAUCCCCAUAUCCGUUCCGAUUGCAAUGUUUAACCGGAAGUGAUUCGGGUAAAGUGCAUGCCAAUGGUCCUGGAUUGGAACGUGGUGUGGUUGGUCAGCCAGCCGAAUUUUUGAUUGACACUCGCGGAGCAGGUCAAGGAGGACUGGGUGUAACGGUUGAAGGGCCAUGUGAGGCUGCAAUAAACUGUCGAGAUAAUGGCGACGGAACGUGUAAUGUGGCCUAUUUACCUACCGAAAUGGGUGAUUAUACCAUCAAUAUUACGUUCGACGAUAAACACAUUUAUGGAUCGCCGUUUCAAGCAAUUAUUUCGCCACAGCCCAAUCUGAAGAAAAUCAAAGUGUCUGGAAUCGGAAUACAACCACAUGGUGUAAUAAUGAACGCUUCAACCGACUUUGUGGUUGAUAUGAGCAAAGUUGGAACGGACAUCGAUCAGAGCAAGCUCACAUGCUCGAUUUUCGAUCCACGUGGCAACACUAUUCCAAGUAAAUUGAUGCCAGGAAAAACCGAUGAAGAAUACCGUAUCAUGUACACCCCAUUCGAAGCCGGCCGACACACGAUCGAACUGCUGUAUGAUAAUGCACACGUUCCCGGUUCGCCGUUCGUCGUUCACGUUAAAAGCGGUUGCGAUCCAACUCGAUGCAAGGCCUAUGGUCCCGGAUUGGAGAGAGGAAAUACGGGCAAUCCUUGUAAAUUUAUUGUCGAGACACGAGGAGCAGGAACCGGUGGUCUGAGUUUGGCUAUAGAAGGACCAUCCGAAGCGAAAAUGACAUGCAUCGAUAAUAGAGAUGGUUCAUGCGACGUCGAAUACCUACCAACCGAGCCUGGCGACUAUGACAUCACUAUCCGUUUCGCUGACAAACAUAUACCCGGAUCGCCAUUCAAAGUGACCGUUGAUGAAACUGUGGAUCCGUCGAAAGUGAAAGUGUACGGUCCUGGAGUCGAACACGGUGAAGUGAGAGAAGGUGUGAAAACAUACUUCAAUGUUGAUGUUGGCGAUGCUGGUCCCGGUAAGAUUGCUGUGAAGUUGAACAAUUCCGAGGGAAAAGCGUUGGACAGUGUUCGCGUCGAAGACAAAGGAGAUGGCCUGUAUGCAGUGCAUUUCAUUCCACCAAAAGAAGGUUCCGUGAUUAGUGCGAAUGUUGAAUUUGCAGAUCAAGAAGUUCCGUGCAGUCCGUUCGUCAUGACCGUGUUCCCCAAAUUCGAUACGAAAAAGGUGGAGGUAUCAGGUGACACAAAUAAGAAGAAAUUGCCGGCAUCGCUUCCUGCCAAAUUUCAAAUCGAUACGAAAAAAGCUGGCAAAGCUGAUAUCAAUGUAACAAUUAAGAAUCCUCAAGGAAAAGCAUUGGUCCCUAGAAUGGACCAGAUUGAAGAUGGAACCUACGCUGUCAGUUUUAUUCCAGACGAAUGUGGCCCGUACAAUGUUAGCAUCAAAUAUGGUGAUAAGGAUGUAGUCGGAUCACCAUUCAUUCUGCAAGCUCAUCCUACGGGAGAGGCGAACAAGUGCAAGAUUGUCGAAAAUGCUCCAAAAGUCCAAGAAUUCGGAAACAAGUCAAGAGUUACCGUUGACGCAAGAGAAGCUGGCGAUGGGGCUGUUACAUGCAAAAUUAUUUCGGAUACUGGAAGCGAUGUGGACAUUGAUAUAAUUGAAAAGGAUGGCUUCUUCGACAUAUUCUACGUACUGAAUGAUCCCGGCGAUUACGAUUUGGACAUCAAAUUCGGUGGAAAGAACAUACCGGAUGGUACCUACUCCGUAAAGGCUGUUGACCAAGUCGAUAAAGCAUCACGUCUAGUGAAAAAGGAAUCGUCUUCUUCGUACUUCGAAGAGUCUUCAACAAAAUUCGUACAACAUUCUUCAAGUGAACAGUUGGUCAAAAAAGAAUCGAAACCGUACUUGAACGGAAAUUCCGAGCCAGCAUACAGACCGAUCUUGUUGGAUAAACUUCCAUUACCCACGACAGGAGGAAACGUUGUUGCCGAAGUAAAAAUGCCAAGCGGACGUAUAGAUCAACCGAUAAUUGAAGACAAUCGCGAUGGAACCGUUCGCGUUCAAUAUGAUCCCCGUGAAGAAGGUGUUCACGAAUUGGCAGUGAAAUAUAACGGCGAACAUGUACAAGGCUCCCCGUACAAAUUCCAUGUUGAUUCGAUCGCAUCUGGAUUUGUAACAGCUUAUGGACCAGGACUGACUCACGGUGUCACUGGUGAGCCAUGCAACUUUACAAUAUCGACUAAGGGCGCUGGUGCUGGAGGACUUAGCUUGGCAGUUGAGGGACCUAGCAAAGCUGAGAUUUCGUACAAUGACAAUAAAGACGGAACAGUCGGAGUAACAUAUCUUCCUACAGCUCCCGGCGAAUACAAAGUUUCAGUUCGAUUCGGUGAUAAGAACAUCAAAGGCUCACCAUUCUUCGCCAAAAUUACUGGUGAAGGACGAAAACGAAAUCAAAUAUCAGUUGGAUCUUGUUCUGAAGUCACGUUGCCGGGAGUUAUUUCCGAUGCAGAUCUUCGAUCACUGAAUGCAUCCAUUCAGACUCCCAGCGGCUUAGAAGAACCGUGCUUCUUGAAACGUAUGCCAAGUGGAAAUAUAGGCAUUUCGUUCACACCACGUGAAGUAGGUGAACAUGCCGUUUCUGUUAAGCGUCAAGGAAAACACAUUCACAACUCUCCAUUCAAAGUGAAUGUGUGUGAGCGAGAGGUGGGCGAUGCGAAAAAGGUGAAAGUAACUGGAAAUGCUUUGAAAGAGGGAAAAACUCACUCCGAAAAUACGUUCACUGUUGACACCAGAAACGCUGGAUAUGGCGGAUUAUCACUUUCGAUUGAAGGACCUAGCAAGGCUGAAAUUAAUUGUACCGACAAAGAGGAUGGCACCCUUAACAUCUCUUACAAGCCGACGGAGCCUGGUUAUUAUAUUGUCAAUUUGAAGUUCGCCGAUCAUCAUGUGACUGGGUCACCUUUCACUGUUAAAGUAACUGGUGAAGGCUCCAACCGUCAACGGGAGAAAAUUCAACGACAACGCGACGCUGUUCCACUGACUGAGGUCGGUGGAGAGUGUAAAUUGACGUUCAAAAUGCCGGGAAUAACGUCAUUUGAUCUUGGAGCAACCGUAAAGUCACCUAGUGGUGUUAUUGAGGAUGCUGAAAUUCAAGAAAUAGCUGAUGGCCUUUAUUGCGUCAAUUUUAUUCCGAAAGAACUUGGAGUGCAUACCGUGUCCGUACGCUACACUGAAAUGCACAUCCCUGGAUCACCCUUCCAAUUUACUGUUGGUCCAUUCAGAGAUUCCGGCUCUCAUUUGGUAAAAGCUGGUGGUGCUGGUCUUGAACGAGGAGAAGUUGGCAUACCGUCUGAAUUCAAUGUUUGGACGCGAGAAGCCGGUGGCGGUUCUUUAGCUAUCUCAAUUGAAGGACCAAGCAAGGCCGAGAUCGAAUUUAAAGAUCGUAAAGACGGAUCGUGCAACGUCGCUUAUACAGUUACUGAACCGGGUGAAUAUCGCAUCGGUCUCAAAUUCAAUGAUCGCCAUAUUCCUGAUUCACCACACAAAGUUUACAUUUCCCCUGCCAUGGGCGAUGCACACAAAUUGGAAGUUGCACAAUUUCCUCAAGGUGCCGUACAGGCCGACACUCCGGCUCAAUUUUUAGUUCGCAAGAACGGUGCUAAGGGUGAAUUGGAUGCUAAGGUAAUCGCUCCAUCCAAUACCGAAGACGAUUGCUUCAUUCAAGCAAUUGAUCAAGAUGAAUACUCCGUCCGUUUCUAUCCACGCGAGAGUGGAAUACAUAGCAUUCAUGUGAAGUUUAAUGGUGUUCACAUUCCCGGUUCACCAUAUCGUAUUAAAGUUGGUAAGGAUGUUGCUGAUCCGGCGUGUGUUCAAGCAAGCGGCAAUGGAUUGAAAGAAGCAAAAACGGGACAAAAGUCCGAUCUCAUCAUCGAUACGUGCAAUGCCGGAUCUGGUACGCUGGCCGUUACUCUUGAUGGUCCAUCGAAAGUGGCAAUGGAUUGCACCGAAGUCGAUGAAGGUUACAAGGUUCGAUACACACCGCUACUUCCCGGAGAUUACUACAUGUCCAUUAAGUACAACAACAUGCACAUCGUCGGCUCGCCAUUCAAAAUUAUCUGCACGGGUGAAAGUUUGUGCGAAGAAGGUGCUCAAGAAACAUCAUCCGUUAUCGUUGAAACGGUUUCGAAAUAUUCGAAGGGGAACAAUAAGAAUGGACCGGUUUUGCCGAAUUUCAAAUCCGAUGCAACGAAGGUUACUACAAAGGGAAUGGGACUGAAGAAAGCCUUCCUGGGAAAACAAAAUCAAUUUACUGUUGGUGCAACAGAUGCAGGCAACAACAUUCUGUAUAUCGGUAUGUAUGGUCCGAAGGGUCCAUGCGAAGAAGUCCAAGUCAAACAUAUGGGACGUAACAUUUAUCAAGUCAAUUACUUUGUACGCGAAAGAGGAGAAUUUAUUUUGAUAAUUAAAUGGGGUGAAGAACACAUUCCUGGAUCACCUUUUAGAGUCGAAGUUUAGUGAUGUGGUGGUAUAACCUGAAUAGCGUACCGUACAAUUUAUCAAGUUUUUUUUUAUUAUCAAUCCAUUUUAUAUUUUACUCUUCUGGUUAAAAGCAACGAAAACGCAAUCUUAGAAGUUUAGCUUGGAAAACGAAAUGUUCUUUUUUUUGCCUUGCACACGACCACUGCAAAAUAAAUUUGUAUUUUUUUUCUGCUGCUAAUUUUAUUUUUAGUUCAUGGAACAGUGAAGAAAUUAUCUUAGCCAUAUCGUAUGCAUAUAAUACUUUAUAACUAUAAACAAUGUCGACCGAUAAAAAUAUUUUAAAUAUUUAAUCUCAUGGAUACUGAACGUAUACUUUCGCGUUUAAUAUUUUUUUUCAGUCAAUCGAAAAAGAACGAAAUAGAAAGAAACAAACAACAAAAUGUAAAGUCAAUGUUGAUUUUUUGUUUAAAAUAAAACUUAUUGAUUCAAAAA